AGGUGCAGAUGAGAUGUAACUGAAAGCUCAACGAGCAUUGUCUCGUCGCUUGCAACAAUGGCAGGCUUUCACGACGACACGAAAUCUACAGAAAUCAACGGUCUAGCUAGAACAACCCAGCUGACGGACAGGCAACGUGAAAUGCUAUCGGAACUCAUCGAUUUCAUCAAAGACUUUGUAGCGCAUCAAAUGCGGCGUAAGAAGCAUUUUUCACACGAAGACGUAAAAAGCUUACUGGGAGACUAUCUCAGCUCCAACUCGGAGGCGUCUACGGUGCUGAGGUACGUCGCCAAUAAGCUGGAGGACGACAACGAGGCGCUCUUCAGUCAGAUGUGCGUCAGGUUACAGAUUACUCAAGCUACAGUAUACGGGACGUUUGUCGGUGUUGUGAGGGAGCUGUUUGAAAGUGGCGUGAACUGGGGACGUAUAGUCGCUCUCAUUGCGUUCUGUGAGGCUCUGGUUGUGCACUGUGCGAGAACGGGAAUGAGGGAAAAGGCAAAGCAUGUUAUUGUGUGGACAGCUCUGUACAUGAUGAAUAAUUUGUCAGAAUGGAUGAGAGACAAUGGAGGCUGGGAUGGUUUCCAGAGACACUUCCAGAGACAAACGAGCUACUCUUCGUUGCUGUUGACCGCAGCGGGAAUUGUUGGCAUCGGACUGGCGAUAGCGAUGUCUUGUAGGUAACUAACUGUUAAUGUAAGAAGAGUUAAAAUUCAGGACUAGUAAAGCAACAUACGCGCCUUAAAUUUGUGAAAUAAUCUCAGCAAAUGUCUUUAUGCUCUAUGCACAAGAGAAUCACUUGUAGCAAUUACAAGAUACAGUGUUUGCUGUGCAGUGCACGAUUUGUUGUUUUCUGGAU